AUGGCUGCGCCCGUCAUGACUGUCUCCGAGAGCAAGGAGCUUAGAGGGCUCAACCUCAUCGCGGCUCACUCUCAUAUUCGCGGCCUAGGUGUCGACAGCACAACGCUGGAGCCCAGAGCGGCGUCCCAGGGUCUGGUGGGGCAGGAAAAGGCCAGGAAAGCCGCGGCCGUGAUCCUGCAGAUGAUCAAGGAGAGCAAGAUUGCUGGCAGAGCCGUGCUGAUUGCCGGCCCCCCCAGCACCGGCAAGACAGCCAUCGCAAUGGGCAUGGCUCAGUCCCUUGGACCCGACGUCCCCUUCACGUCUCUCGCAUCCUCCGAAAUCUUCUCCCUCGAAAUGUCCAAGACCGAAGCCCUCACACAAGCCUUCCGAAAGUCGAUUGGCGUACGCAUCAAGGAGGAGAGCGAGAUCAUGGAGGGCGAGGUCGUCGAGAUCCAAAUCGACCGAAGCGUCACCGGCGGCGCCAAGCAAGGAAAAUUGACGAUCAAGACGACCGACAUGGAGGCCGUGUAUGACAUGGGCGCCAAGAUGAUUGAUGCCAUGACCAAGGAGCGUGUCAUGGCUGGGGACAUCAUCUCUAUCGACAAGUCAUCGGGCAAGAUCACAAAGCUCGGCCGAUCAUACGCACGCUCGCGCGACUACGAUGCCAUGGGCGUCGACACCAAGUUCUUGCAGUGUCCAGAUGGCGAGCUGCAGAAGCGCAAGGAGGUGGUCCACACUGUGACGCUGCACGAGAUUGACGUCAUCAACUCGAGAACACAAGGAUUCUUGGCGCUAUUUUCAGGCGACACUGGUGAGAUCCGCAGUGAGAUCCGUGACCAGAUCAACACCAAAGUGGGGGAGUGGAAGGAGGAGGGCAAGGCUGAGAUCGUCCCCGGCGUCUUGUUUAUUGACGAGGUUCACAUGCUCGACAUCGAGUGCUUCUCAUACAUCAACCGCGCAUUGGAAGACGACCUGGCACCCGUCGUCAUCAUGGCCAGCAACAGGGGCAACUCACGCAUCCGCGGAACGGACUACCGCAGCCCUCACGGCCUGCCUCUCGACUUCCUCGAUCGCGUUGUAAUCAUCCACACCAACACAUACAACCAGGACGAGAUCAAGCAGAUCCUCACCAUCCGAGCCCAAGAAGAGGAGGUCGACGUUUCGCCGGACGCUCUGGCGCUGCUCACCAAGAUCGGACAGGAGGCAGGCCUGCGCUACGCCAGUAACCUCAUCACGACGUCCCAGCUGGUCUGUGCCAAGCGCAGAGCGAAAACAGUUGAGAUUGCCGACGUCCAGAGGAGCUUCGCACUUUUCUACGACCCGGCCCGCAGCGUCAAGUUCGUCUCCGAGUCGGAGAAGCGCUUGAUCGGCAACGAUGGUGCCGUCGACUUCACCGUCACGAACGGCCAUGGCGACGCGAUGGAGUUGAGUUAG